AUGGCUGAGAAGAAGUUGCUGCUAGAGGGUCUUCCAGACGAUCUGGACUGUGUGAUACCGAAGUUAGAGUUGUAUUUCAAAAAUAAGAAGAGGUCUGGAGGAGAGGCAGCGCGGAUACAGGAGCAUCCAGAGGACAAACGGAAAGCUCUGCUUGUUUACCUGAGUGAGGGAGAUGUACAGAAUGUGCUCGCUAGAGUUCAUCAGCUUGAUUUCAGAGAUUUGGGAGUGGCUGAGUUAACAGUAAAACUGCAGCUGGAUGAAGAUGUUCUGGCUAAGAAGCUGAAACCUCCUGUACGACCUAGACAUUUUUUGAAAAUUCUUGCUGUGAAGGAACAUGACUUUGGCUUUUCAGUGGAGGCCUAUAAAGAAGAAAAUGUGGCAGAAAAGUGGGACCCCCAUCGCUUCAUCUUAACCGGGUUCAAAGAUGUCUGCAAAUACAAAAUAGUUACUUUGUUCAUUAGCAGCUGUAGUAAAAAAGCAGAACAUACCUGGGAGCUUCUGGAUGAAGACAGGAUCGCGGUCACCUUCAAAGAAGACAUUGACGUCAACAAUUUCCUGUUUAAAUGUACCACCAAGAAGCCGCAGGGAAUGGACAUUAGAGCCUCUCAUUUGGAGCUAACAGAUUCCGUCCUGGUCCAGGGGGACAUGGGCAGAAUUAAAGAAGACCUCCUUACUGGACAUUUCGGCAACAAAAUGAAAAGUGGAGGAGGAGAUAUAAAAUCUUUAGUCUGGAUCAUUAGCCAGAACAGUGUGGUUAUAACCUUUAAAGACUAUCAUGACCUGCAAUGGCAUACAAUUCAGAGAGAACAUGUAACCUGUAAUUCUCUUUUCCUAGCUGCUUAUCGAGUGUUGGAUCAGAGGCACCAUCUUUGUGGUGAAGAACUUACUGUGCUUUUGUUUUACUCAAGUCUCCAGAAGGCUCUGACUGGUGAAACACCUACAUUGUCUGAGGUUCAAACAAACAUCACCAUUCCUGUUGAUGUGAAGGUUCUCCAUUUCAUUGAAAACAAUGAACAGUGCAAAAAUGACCUACAGAGUCAACUCAAGAUGGUUCAUGCCAAGGUCCUUUUAGACAAGACCACAUUUCCAAGAAAGUUAGUUGUGGAGAUGACAGUGGACAAAGAGUCUUUGGCUGCAUUGCAAAUUGGACCAACUUGGGAGAACAAGGCAAGAAAGGCAGCCCAAGAAUUUCUUACGAAGUACAGUGCAGCUGAGUUAGCAGUUGAGCUCAAAGUGUGGAAAAGUGUGGAAAGCACUUGUCUUACACUCAUCACUCCUGAGGUUGAUAUCUUUUUUGAGCAAACUGACUCUAAGAUUGUAAUAGUUGGCCUUAUGGAGGUGGUCAGUGUCCUCUUAGACAAGAUCAAGAACCUUGUGAAGGGAACAAGUGCACAUUUAGUCAUGGAUAGAAAAACCAUUAUGACUGUGAUUCAGAGGAACUCAGUAGAAAAAAUCCCUCUCAAAUCUGAGCGAGAAAUGGAGUUCAUCAAGUCUUUCAUGAACUUGUCAGAAAAUCCAGAAAUUAGAAACCUUGGGAUAAGCUUGGAAUAUGCUUGUGACACUCUGAGUACACCUUGUCUGAAUGUUACAACAGCAGAGGACAAGAUCCAAGAUGCUAUCACAGUGGUAAGGAAGCAACUAUCAUCAAUUGUAAUGGAGAAGCUGAUUUAUUCUAGAUCAGGUGAGUCAAAGGUCCUUGAGAAGAAUGAAGCCAAUGUUAAGGCUAAAGCCAAGGGGUGGAAUUGCACACUGUACUUUGAGCAACUGAGCAAAGUUGGUCCUGCAAAGACUUUCAAACAUAAAAUAAACAGCUGUACCACUUUAACAGUUUCUGAGGGUGACUUGCAUCAGUACACUGUUGAUACAUUGAUUUGUCCACUGUGUACAAACCUGGCUUUUGACAACCCUACUGCCCAGCACUUCCUUGAAAUGGGAAGUCCUCAGAUUCAAGAGGUGUUCAAUAAGCUUCAAAAGGACAAAACAAGGUUACUUGCUGGAGAUGUAGUUCUUAGUAACCCAGGCAAUCUCAGUACCAAAACACUCAUUUAUGCUGUGUUGCCUCAAAGCUCCCAAACCCUGGGCCCUCACUACUUGAAAUCAGCCAUAGUCGACAGUCUCCAUAAAGCAGAACAAAGCAGUAGUGCUUCUGUAGCAAUGCCUGUACUUGGCUGUGGGCCUUUUGGAUUUUCCUUGAAAGAAAGUUCUAAGGCAAUCAGAGAAGCAAUUCUGCAAUUCAUCAGUGAUGAUCAAAACACCCCGAAGAAUGUGAAGGACAUAUACGUGGUAGACUCUGACAUGAAAAUAGUGGAGGAAUUCAACAUCCUUGUAGAGGAACUGGGGUUUCCUAAUGAAAUCACACCUACUUGCCCAACAACCUUUCUUUCUCAAGCCACCAUGCAAGAUCUGAAACGCAAAUUAGACACAUCAGGUCCUAGAGCAGAUGAUGUAAUCUUAACAGGCGGUGGCAAUCUUUCCUGUAAGCACAUCGCUCAGAUCUUUGGGCCCAUUCAUGCUGCAGACAUCAUAACCUCCAUUGAGAAGGUCCUGAAACUAUGUGAAAGUAAAAUGGCUGCCAGAGUGGCCAUCCCAGCAAUCGGGACAGCCAAUAUCAACGGCGUCAGAAUUGAGAUUAAAAAAGGCAACAUCACCAAUGAAAAAGUGCAGGCCAUAGUGAACACAACCAACAGAGAAAUGGACUUAAAAGCAGGUGUCUCGGGGGCCAUAUUCAAAGCAGCUGGACCCUCUGUUGAAAAGGAGUGCCAAAACCUUGGUAAGUGUCCAUUGCAGGGUGAUAUGGUUGCCCUGACCAGUGCUGGAAACCUGCAGAGUAAUUUCAUCAUCCACAUGAUAGGACCCCACACCCCUGCUGCGGCAAGGUUACGGGUGAAGAAGGUCCUGGAGCGAUGUGAGCAGAAGAAAAUCAGCACAGUUUCCUUCCCUGCUGUCGGUACCGGUGGAGGUGGUCUUAAGAGUAAAGAAGCUAUGACUGCCAUGCUGCAGGCAUUUGAAGAUCAUUUAUCUCAGCAUUCAUUUACUGCUGUUGAACUCAUCUGUGUUGUUGUUGACCGGGAUGAAGUCCUACAUGAGUUUCUGCAAGUUCUCAAAGAGUGGACAGCAGACACCCAGCUGGAGAAAUUGGACCCAGAACUGAUGAACCUAUUUCACAUGUGUGGUAUCAGUGAGGCUCAGCUGAAAGACAAAGAAAUGUCUAUGAUCAUUUUUGAUUUCAUUGAGAAAAAGGGAGGGGUGGAGGCUCUCAAGGAGCAGCUGAGGAGAGAAGCACCCAAGCCUACUCAGCAAAAUGAAACAAACCAAAGCCCAGCCAAACAGCCACUGAUCAGCCUUGCUACUGCACUGGCUGCAGUAACUUUCCCUGUAAUGACUGUGGAGGUGUAUGGAACCUCUCCUGCUGACCUUGCCAAAGUCAAGAAGCUCCUGGAUGACCUUAUCUCUGAAGAAUGUACCAGCAGAGAUGUCCGGUCCAGUUACCUGACCAACCUUCAAGAAGCUGAUAAGGAGGCCAUCGUCACCCUUAGCAAGAACAACCAAGUGCACAUUCUUGUUUCUUCCUCAGACAGACUAACUGUGUCAGGGAAGAAGGACGAUGUUCUGGAUACAGUUUUGAACAUCUCAAGCUUCAUCCAGGCAGCCAAGGAGAGGGAAGCCCAGGAAAGUGAGAUAAAGAGAUUGAGUGAGACUCUGUGCUGGGAGGUGGCUGAAGGAGAGGAAUGGGUACCGCUGGACUCCAGCAUUAGCUACCAGCUGGAAUUAGCCUUUCACAAGAAAGAGCAGAGCUUUACAUAUGAGGUGGAAGGAGAGGUUUACACUGUGGACCUCAAAGAGCUGACACAGGAGAACAGCAGUGGAAAGUCCUGCAGGAUAAAGAGAACCCUGAUCGGUGACUCAGACACAGCUGUUAUUCAGCCUCCACCAACAUGGACUAAAAUGGAAGGACGAGACUUGGCAAUAAUUCCACUCGUUCCAGAUUCAGAUGAGUACAAGAAAAUAGAGACAGCUUUUCUGAGCUCCAGCCAGUACCCUGAUAUAGAUCCUGUUGAGGUUGUGCAAAUCCGCAGAAUUCAGAAUAAAGGCCUAUGGCAGAGGUACGCUGUGCUGAAGCAGGAGGUGGAUAAGAAAUACCCCGACCAGAUAAAUGAGCAGUUCCUCUAUCACGGCACCACUAAAGAAAUCAGUAAGAAAAUCAAUAAGAACGGAUUCAACAGGAGCUUCUGUGGAAGAAACGCUGUAGUUCAUGGCCACGGCACCUACUUUGCCAUGGAAGCCUGGUACUCCUGUCAGCACCGGUUCUCAACCCCUCAUUGGAACGGGUUGAAGUACAUCUACAGAGCCAGAGUUGUGACCGGGACACCUUGUAAAACUCGAAGAGGAAUGAAAGAGCCGGACCCUCUGGACCCUAACGACCCCCGGGCUGGUCUGUACGACUGCGCUGUGGAUAAUCUGGAGGAUCCAUUCAUCUUUGUGGUGUUCUGUGAUGCGGGGGCUUACCCUGACUAUCUGAUCAUCUUCAAGAAUACAUGAAUGCAUAAAGUCACUGUUUACAGAGUUUUCAUAUCAGUCCACUUUACAAUCAGCGCUUAACAGAAAGUUAAGUGUAUUAUACAGAAUGCACCUGUUUAAUAUGCAACCAGAUGUUCUAGAGGU